GCAAAAUGGAAAACACGAGAGUAGCCGCCAUUUUAUGACCAGUGGGCAGGUUUCAAAGCGAGUGACAGCUGACAAAGCUUUAAUUUUGGGGCCAAAUAUCAGAUGGCACUACAGUUUUCUGAAAACGUCACUUUAAGGCGACUGUCCCAACUCCCACCCCUGAUACAAUGCAAUGGGUCAUCGGUGAUAAUUAUUGUUGUUAGGUAGGUACCUACCUAUUGGCCUGGGUAUACAACUUUAUAGUACAACAAACUACAAAACAAAUAACUUUAUUAUAAUUUAUAACGGGCAUCAUUAUAUAUGAAAUAAUUAUAUCUUCUUAUUUAAAAUAAUACAGAGUAACAGUAUUACAAAAUGUUCCCAAGAAGAGUGCUCGUCAAGAUAUGCUCAUCUAAGGACACUGCUAAAUAUUGAACUUCCUUUUUAAAUUGUACUUGUAAUAGAAGUUAAUUGAAUGAUACGAUGGAGAGUGAUAAGAAAGGGGACGAUACUGGUGGACAAAAGAAGGAGACUUGUUUAUUACAAAAGAUAUGUUUAAUUUGUGGUGACAAAGCCCUAGGUUACAACUUCAACGCGAUUUCAUGUGAGAGUUGCAAAGCGUUCUUCAGAAGAAAUGCACUAACCAAUAAGGUAUUCAAGUGCCCUUUUGCCAAUAACUGUGAGAUCACUGUAGUCACACGACGGUUCUGUCAGAAGUGUCGCCUUGAAAAAUGUUUUAAGAUGGGAAUGGUGAAAGAAUUCAUUAUGUCAGAUGAAGAUAAGGCAGAGAAGAGGAGAAAAAUUGAAGAAAAUAGAGCAAAAAAACGUCAAAUCUUAGAAUGUGAGGAUGGAGUGUCAAGCUCAAAGCAUCGAAAGGAAGACCCAUUAAGAAGUCCUGCCUGUGACACUUCUGAAAAGUAUGAUGUAAAUAGUACAACUUGUAGUCCUCAUAGUACAAUGAGGUCUCCAGGCAGCACAGACUUGGAGAACUCACACAGUUGCCCCGUAAUGUGUAACCAGUAUGCUCCACAGGUGGAUGAAACUUACAGUAUCAAAGUAUACCCUAUUGAUGGAAAGACUGUUAUCAACAGGGCUGUGUAUGAAAAUAGACAUCAGGACCCCUAUGUGAAUGAAAAUCCUGACAGUAUGUGUAGUGAGUCAAGCAAAACAAAUAGCAUUAGGUCGGUGGAAUCAAACGGAGACAGCACGUUCACCGAGCCCCACCACGUGAGCGACGAGGCGCCCUCCACCAGUAUCUCCGACCCCGACGUGAACAAGGCCAGGGAGAUCCUGCAGGAUGUUGAGAGAAUAGAACCGAACUCCAUGGAGUCAAUACUGUGUGAGGCGAUCAAGCUGGAGUUCGAGGCGAACACGUCCCUCAACAGCUGCCGGGGGUCCUCCAGGGAGCUCAACGAGGUGGAGCGAGCGAAACUGAACGAGCUGAUUGUGGCCAACAAGGCACUGCACGCGCCCAUCGACGACGACCUCUUGCAGCUCGUGGGGGACACACCAUCGCAGUUCAACUUCCCAGGGUUCAAGGAUAUAAUGUCUAAGUCGGGCGAGGACAGCCCCGACCCGCUGCUGGUGAGCAUUGUGAACCUGACGGCGGUGGCCAUCCGGCGGUUCAUCAAGAUGGCCAAGAAGAUCAACGCGUUCAAGAAUAUGUGCGAGGAGGACCAGGUGGCGCUGUUGAAAGGCGGGUGUAUCGAGAUGAUGGUACUACGCAGCACCAUGACCUACGACGUGCAGAGGAACCAGUGGAAGCUUCCUCACAGCCAGUCGCGGUUCGGCUCCAUCGGCUCGGACGUGCUCAAGCUGGCCAAGGGCGACAUCUACCGCUCGCACGCCGCCUUCAUCCGCUCGUUCCCCAGCGCGUGGCGCACGGACGAACACGUCAUCCUCAUCAUGUGUGCCAUCUUGCUGUUCACGCCCGAGCGGGCCAGGGUGGUGCACCGUGACGUCAUCAAGCUGGAGCAGAACUCUUACUAUUAUCUUCUGCGAAGGUAUCUAGAGAGCAUAUACCCGGGCUGCGAGGCCAAGUCCACGUUCCUGAAGCUGAUCCAGAAGACGGUGGAGCUGCGACGGCUGGCGGCGGAGGUGACCGGCGUCUACCUCGACGUGAACCCCAUAGAGCCGCUGCUCAUGGAGAUAUUCGACCUGAAGCACCAUCCGACCUAAUAUCGUUGAUGAGUCGGCUCUUGUCGUGUCGUGUCGGUGCUUCGUCUGUAUCAUAUAUACCUACGAUGUUUUAAGUCAAACCGUGUAUUAGCAAUAACGGGUUUGUGGUGCUAAUGUUAAGUAGCACUGGGGGUAAAGAUUAAUUUAUAAAUAUGUUUGAAAUGCGAUGAGAAAACUUUUUAAUGAUAUGGUUAUGUAUAAAUUAAUAGUUAUCACAAAUUUUGACAAGAAGUAAAGAUGCUCCUUGUUAUUAUAUAUUAGUUCUUGUUGGGUCAAUUUUUUUAUAUUUGUGAAAGAACGAUUUAUAUUAAGAAAAUGUGCACGGGCUAUCACAAUUGUAAACGAACAAAAUAGUAUUAUAAACUACCUCCAAAUUGCCUGAUAUUAUGUCAAUUAAACUGUGUCUGAAUAUUUUAUUUUUUGUUGAAAUUAUAUCAAUAACGUGCUUAUAUGUAUAUAGUUAUGUUUACCUUUUGUUGUAAGACGUAUGAUAAAUAUUAUUAUUGUUAUUAUUUAAGAAGGGAUAAAUAUAUUAUAUAUGUUGUACAUCUAUUAAAUAGUAGACUGCAUACUUUGAUCUUCUAAGGGUGAAGUCGACAUAAGUUACUGCUGACAGAGUCGGGUAUACAAUGGCGGGAUCCCCACCAGGUUUUGAAAAUGGAAGCCGUCUGGUCGCCAGAACAUAUUUGUAAUUAAUCUCCUAUUAACAGUGUCAAUAUCUGUGUUCAGAUUACUAUCUCCCAUAGUGAUAAACUAUGGGACAACUGGAGGAUUGCAGACGAUCCCGGCUUGCUGCGGAAUAUGUCAGUCUGGAUCGUUUGUAGCUUUUAUGUGUUACAAGUUUUCUACUUAUUGGCAGCUUCGACCGAGAGAUAAGCUUGGCACGAGCAAUCCCAUUCCUAGUGUUCUCCACGUGCUUGCAGUCAAUUAUUGUGACGCCCAGAUACUUGAUAAGAUAGAUACAUGAUGGCUUCCAGGGUGAGCCUCUUCUCUGAAAACUCAGGUUUAUUCGAGAAUACGUAGAAAGCCGAAGUUUGUCUGUCCAACGAGCGGGAGGACAUCCGUGUACCGGGCGUGCUAUGGAUUAGCCACACUCUAAUUAUUAUUUGACUUGUCAUCUUAGUUUGCGUCAUAUUGUUCAGCUCGUGUCAUUCGUAAUCAAUCUCCUUGUUGGCCUGCCGGACAUCUCACACGCGUGAUACGCGACGUGAUGGACAAUGAACACCAGAUUGCACUUCUGUUGGCUUGGUGUACGGCAUCAUCAGUUCAGGUUUCGAAUCUCCUUUCCCUUUUUCAAAAGCAUCACAACCUUGCCUACUUUACUUUUCUUCAAAGUCAAAGUCAAAGUUUUUAUUUGCUUAAACAUGUUAGAUUGAUGUUACAUAAAUAUUAUAAAGUAUAUUAUUGCCACAUUUAUGACGUGCAAAUUUUAUAAACUACAUUUCUAAAUCAUUAGUAACAAUAAUAUCAAUUUAACAAAAGAUUAGUAGCAGUAUUAUAUAGUCAAGUUUUUAGUUGAAAAUAUUCGUCUAAUGAAUAUAAGCAGUUUUUACGAAGGUAUAUUUUCAAUUUAGAUGAGAAAUUCCUAUUUGACGAUACCUCUCUUAUUAUUUUUGGGAUGUGAUUAUAGAUUUUUAUGCACAUACAAAAACAGUUUCUCUGAAAUAAUGUAGUUCUACAGCAAGGUACUUGUAGUUUGGUGGGGUCCCUGGAUGGGAAAAGAGAAGUGUUUUCCUGUGUACUGAAUUCGCUAAAUUUUUUUCGAACAAACAUACAGCACUCAAAUAUGUAUAAUUCAACAAUUGUUAAUAAGUUAUAUUUUUUAAAUACGGGUCUGCAGCUUUCAAGGGGUCUUUUUCCCGCUGCAGCCUUCAAACAUUUUUUUUGCGCAAUUAAGACUCUAUUUAUUACUGUUGAGUUACCCCAUAUUAUGAUACCAUACCUAAUUACUAUUCUACGUAAGCAUGGUAAGCCGUUAAAGCCGCUUUUUCCGAUAUAGUUUUUUUUAUUCUUUUUAUUGCAAAAACAAACUUAUUAAGACGUUUGCAUAAUGAUUCAACGUAAGCUUUCCAAUUACAAUUAUUAUCCAUUAUUAUGUCUAAGAAUUUGGUAUUUUCAACCUCAUCAAUUUUAAUUUUAUUGUAUGUUAUGUUUCUAAGGGGUGGAUAUAUGGUAUUAUAAUUUUUAAAUUGUAUAAGUUUUGUUUUUAUUAUAUUAAUAUUUAAAUUGUUAUUUUCUAACCAUUUGCCGAUUUUCAUGAUUUCAUCAUUUAUGACCGCGUCGUAUGGUCUUUUUGAGUUUGUGUCAGUGAUAAUUAUUCUAAUGUCGUCAGCAUAUAAUACACACUUAUUUUCUGUAAUAUUUGGUAGGUCGUUGAUAUAUAGUAGAAAUAAUAAUGGUCCAAGUACACUGAGAAAUUCAAGAUUUCUCGUUAAUAGCUAGUGCUUGCGGGCUAGGUAUUCGCCUGAUCAGUCCCGACUCCCGUCGCACGGCCUGGGUUCAUUAAUAUUUGUUCGUCUUGUCAUAUAUAUAUAUAUAUA